AUGUCCGAGAUGCAGCAAGAUGGUAGCCCCGACGCCAAGCGAAGAAAGAUCCGCAAAGGGACCCAGAGCUGUUGGGAAUGCAAGCGACGGAAGGUCCGAUGUAUCUUUUCGUCGGAAAGUGCAAUCUGCAAUAACUGCCAUCGACGUCGAACAAACUGUGUCAGUCAGGAUCUUCCUGAUACCCCUGUCUCAUCUGCUGGUAAUCCGGUUGAGGCUCGACUUGGCCGAGUGGAGAAGCUCCUUGAGCUAGCAGUCAAACAUGUUGGCACUGCCGAUAUUGGAAAUUUCUCAGGAAAUCAGGAGAUACUCGAAUCCCAUUUGGUCGCUCGGACAGUUGAGAAUACGGAAAGCUUGGUUCAAAGACAGGCGUCACCACCAAGAAAUAUUGUGACGAACCAGACUCAUCACCCUCAGGCUCGACGAGAUCAGUGUUUGAGUUCUUUGAACAGCCUGAGACGGGCACCUGGAAAAUACGAUGAAAUCAGUCGUGAAUUGAUCGCCGCAUGGCCUAGCCAAGAUGUUCUUGCUCACAUAUGUACCCUCCCAAGUGGUCCUACGUUGCGUUUGAAUUGUGUCUUGCUCAGGUCGUGCGCUAUAAACGAGAAGAAUGUCGCACAAUUACCACAUGAGCUACUCCAGCUACCUCCGCCAGGCUCUCACCCAGUCCUGAUCGCGCGUAAGCUUUUAAUGCUUGGAACAUUUCUUCAUGGCAUCCCGCCUCUUAAGAUCGAGGGAUUGGGAAGGAGAGGUACUGCUUACCUCGAACUUAUGUCUUGUGUUAUUGAAAAAGCUGUUAGACUUGUGACGACCAAUGAUGAACUCAUUUGCUCAGUGGAAGCAUUGGAGUGUAUCAUUAUCGAGUCUGUAUACCAUAACCACUCUGGAAAUCUCCACCGCGCCUGGAUGGCUGUACGUCGAGCUACUGCGGUUGCUGAAAUGAUGGCGCUUCAUCGCGGUUUGGAUUCUCCAUCGCUGAAGUUCCUUGAACCUGCUUCCCGAGCAGUCUUUAAUCCGGAUCAGAUCUGCUUUCACUUGGUUCAAUCAGAUCGCUAUCUUUCCAUCAUGCUAGGCCUGCCACCAACUUCUCUUGAUACCAGGUUUGCUAGUGAUGAGGCUAUGAAAGCAUGCGGCCCAAUAGAGCGCUUGGAGCGCACUCACUGUGUUGUUUCUGAUCACAUAUUGCGAAGAUCUGAAGCUGACCUGGAUGAUCUUACAAAGACAUACGAGCACGAUAAGCUGUUACAGAACAUUGCUUCUGAAAUGCCUUCUCAAUGGUGGCUGUCUAGCUUCACAACCGAUCAGAAUGAUGAGAUCAAGUUACUUCAAGAUACGGUGCGCUUCAUGGAUCAAUUAGCGCAUUAUCAUCUUCUCAUCCGAUUGCAUUUGCCAUACAUGUUGCGAUCUUCUACAGAUCACCGAUACGACCAUAGCAAACUCACCACAGUUAAUGCCAGUCGAGAAAUACUCACGCGGUACCUGUCUUACCGGCACUCAAUUUCUACUCCUUUUUCCUGUCGCGGCGAUGAAUUCCUUGCUUUUAUCUCUGUUACUGUUAUUUGCAUCGCACAUAUGGAUGCUCGUCGACAGGCCCAGCAAUUGGCUGAAAGCGCAGCCGGUUGUACUGUUUUCAAUUUCCUCGCCCACAAUCAUCCUAGCGACCGUGGCUUAAUGGAACGUACCCUUGAAAUCAUCGACAGUGGGGCGCAAAGAUAUGCUGACCCGAUCACUUCUAAACUGAGGCGAAUCAUUAGUCAGCUGCUUGUCAUUGAAGCAAGCUCUGCUAGUGGUACUACAUAUAGUACAAGCUCCUCGAGAUGCGAUCAGGGCGUUCUUGAACCCGAUUCAAGGCUCACUGAUGGUGGAAAAGCCUUACACAUCUAUAUUCCUUAUCUUGGAAAAAUCAACUUUGAGCGUCGCGCUAUGCCAAAGCCGGAUUCUACGAUCUUAGCUCAACCUGGCCCUGAUGAGGGUGUUGAAAAAUCUCAAGGCUCAUCCUCUGGUUUUGGACCUCACACUUCCUAUCAGAAUAACGACCAAUAUAAUCAUGGAGGUCAGGAAGCGGAAUCUCUGACAUUUGGGCAACUUGCAUCCCCUGUAUCGAAUGAAUCACCCGCUUUGCAUGAUGGUGAUAUACAGUUCAGCCCAAACGACCCCCAGAUUACCGAUUCUGAAAUAAUAGAGGAUUGGGAUCUUCAGGGCAUUGACACUGCCCUUUUUGAUAGCCUUUUCCGGGGCACGGAUAUCCCAUUUUAUGACGCGGCAGAGACUUGGAGUCCUUGGGAAACGUGA